CUCACCAUCGAACCCAACCCCGAUUCCUACUCCGCUUCAUGCCCGUUGCCGCCCGACGUCUGCCAGUACAUGGCUCGCGAUCCCUUCCUAUUGUCAGUCGCUCUCUGGGCGACACUGCAGCUGGCAUGGACCAUCGUCCUGCUAGCAUCGCAACUCUGGCAGGUCGCGCGCCAGAUGACGACGUUCGAGGUCAGUAACCUCGGCCGCUAUGGAUUCAUGGGUGGCCGCGGCGGGCAGAGCCUUGCCGGUCAGAUGGGCCACCGCCAUCGCUCGAGCAGUGUCACGGGCGAGGACGCGUCGCUGAUGUCGGACGCGGCGACCACCAACAUCACGCAUGGCCACGGGCAUACGCACGGUCAUCGCCAUGGGUGUGCUGGGUGCGGGAGCGGGUUCCUGAUGCAUCUCCUCGGCUUCGAUCGCUUCACCAAGGGUCGGGCGGUCGACGGUCUUGCGAUGGCUGGCCGGGCAGCCAACCCCUUCGAUCUGGGUCUCGUUGGCAAUUGCAGAGACUUCUGGACCGCCGGCAGGGAGUUGGGCGUCGAGUACGACAAGCUAUACGACGUGCCGCUCGAGGGCUUCAAGAAGGCGAAGGAGCGUCGGCAGAGGGAGGAGGAGGACGAAGGCCUAGGCUCGUCCCGCAAGACGCGCAAGGGGCUCUUCAUGGGCCUCUCGCUCGGACGCGCUGGGAGCAGCCGGGGCGCGUACGAGCCGAUCAGUCAGGCAUGAGCCCUAUCGCCCUCUAUGGGCAGGUACACUAGCUACGCAAUGGACGCUUUCAUGAAUCAAUGUAUGAGGAUAUGUUCUAUCGACGUACGGGGUGAUGCUUGUCGUUGCUUGCUAAUUUAUUGGAUGCACUAUGCACGUCUGUC